GGUGAAGUUGUAAACCUCAAUACACCUGUUGAUUUAUAAGCUAUCUGCCUUACGCUAAUAAUUAAGAUGUGCAUCAAAAGCCAUUUAUAGAAGACUGGUGCAGAAGGACUCGUGUUAAAUGGGUCUAGAAAGUAUUAGCCACUCAAAAAGUUUUUUGAACCAAGAUGGAGGAGAUAUAUUGGACAGAUAUUUGUGGAAAUUCUAGCCAAUACUCGCCUUUCUGGAGCCCGAGUCUGACAGUGAACACCAGCAACCCAGACUUCACCCAAUGCUUCCAAGACACUGUGUUGGUGUGGGUCCCAUGUGGGUUUCUAUGGAUCUAUGCAUUGUACUACAUCCCAUCUCUCAGGAAGGAACCAGUGGUUCACAAAUUAUCACAUGGAGGGAAACUUCAGAUGUCUAAAUUGAUUCUGUCCAUCUUGCUGUGUUUGACUGUUCUAGUUGAUUUCUUCAAGACAUUGGGGGAUAUAGCCACCAAUCCAGCCCCAGUGUUUUAUAUGACACCUCUCAUUUAUUUUGUUUCCUUUGCUUUGUCUACCUUUCUCAUAAGCUAUGAAUUCGUGAAAGGUGUGGCGUCUUCAGCAAUCCUCUUCUUAUUCUGGCUGCUAUUGCUCAUAACUGGAGUGAUCACUUUCAGAUCCCAAAUUCUCCAGUUAGAAAAUGUGGAAAAUGUGAGUGUGUUUCGAGCGGUGACAACUUUUGUCUACUUCACCUUUGUUCUUCUUGAGUUUAUUCUCCAUAUUUGGGCAGACAAGAGAGCCCUGCCUGGCUCUCUAGCAUCAGAGUAUCAGCCAUUGCUUGGUGCUGAAUUGGAGAAAGAGGACAUUUUGGAUGAAAAGGCAAUGUGUCAAGAACUUACAGCUUCAUAUGUGUCCCGGAUGUUGUUUUGGUGGAUUACAAGACUGGUCAUCAAAGGAUACAAGAGACCAUUGGUUUUUAGUGACCUUACCAAGCUGAAACCAUCAGAUUCUUGCAGAAGCAUUGUGCCAUCCUUCUUAAGGCAAUGGAACAAGCAAGUGAUCCGGAAUAACAGCUCACCUGCACUUCAGUUUUCUAUCAGUCACAAGAUUCACAAAGCAACUUAUGACAAUAACAAAACAAAUGAAAGCUAUCAAAAUGCCUAUCAAGAAGAAGUUCCCUAUGUGAAAAUGGUGAACAGUGGCAGAAGACAUAAGGGAGAGCCAAGUUUUACCAAAGCAAUGUUGUGGAGUUUUGGUGGUUACUACGCAUGGGCUGGUCUUCUGAAACUUGUGUAUGAAAUAGUGAUGUUUGUUAACCCAGUGCUACUAAGCUAUUUUAUCAGCUUCAUUGAAUCAGAUGAUCCCUUCAUAUGGCGGGGAUACCUGCUGGCUGUAGUGAUGUUCAUGACCAGUUUAUUGAAAGCAUUCUUAAACCAGCACCAGUACUACAUGUCGCAGGUGGUUGGCCUCAGGAUGAGAACUGCCGCCAUUACAGCUUUGUACCGAAAGUCUUUAAGGCUGAGCAAUGAAUCCAGGAAGAAUUCUACUGUUGGUCAAAUAGUCAACCUGAUGUCUGUCGAUGCCCAGAAGUUACAGGAGGCACCGUUCUUUCUGCACAUGAUAUGGUCCUGUCCCCUCAGUAUUAUUAUAUCUGUUGCCUUAGUCUGGCAGUACCUUGGACCAGCCACUCUGGCUGGAGUCAUGGUCAUUCUUCUCAUGCUUCCAGUCAAUUUUUACUUUGGAAACAAGAUCAGAUAUAACCAGGUUCUUCAAAUGGGCAAAAAAGACAUUAGAAUAAAGUGUCUGAAUGAAAUCCUCAAUGGAAUCAAAGUGUUAAAACUUUAUGGUUGGGAAACCUCCUUUGAAGAAAAGACAACUGCUAUUCGUAAAACUGAAUUAAGAUACAUGAGGAAUGCCUCCCUCUCAUUGGCAAUGUGUGACAUAAGCUAUUUCUCAGUGCCGUUACUGACAGCCCUUACCAGUUUUGCCACCUUUGUUCUUUCCGACCCCAACAAUGUCCUUGACCCAAAUACAGCAUUUGUCUCCCUGGCCUUGUUCACCAUUAUGAAUGAACACCUGGGUUUCCUGCCCUAUGCUCUCAUGUUCUUGAUACAGGCUGGCAUUGCAAUGAGGAGAAUUGGCAGAUUUAUGAAGAUGAGUGAACUUGACUUGGACACUGUGGACAGAAGAAACAAUGGAGGUCACCCAAUAUCUCUGGAGAAUGCCUCCUUUGCUUGGGAAGAAGGAACACCAACUUUGAAAAAUCUUAAUUUUCAACUUGAGCAAGGAGAGUUGGUGGCAGUGGUGGGACAAGUUGGAAGUGGGAAGUCGUCUUUAAUAUCUGCUCUGCUGGGAGAGAUGGUGCGCACUGAUGGAUAUGUGAGAAUACAAGGCUCUAUGGCCUAUGUUCCCCAGCAAGCAUGGAUCCAGAACCUGACCCUGAAGAAUAAUAUCCUCUUUGGCAAAGAGCUGAACCAGACUUUCUACAGGAGGUGCAUCAGCUGCUGUGCCCUGGAGCCAGAUUUGAAGAUGUUACCAGGAGGGGACCAAAUUGAAAUUGGGGAGAAGGGUAUUAACUUGAGCGGAGGACAGAAACAGCGAGUCAGUAUGGCCAGAGCAGUGUACCAGGACUGCGAUGUCUACCUGCUGGACGACCCUCUCAGUGCUGUGGACAGCCAUGUUGGAAAGCACCUGUUUGAUAAAGUGAUUGGACCUGAGGGAAUGCUGCAGUGUAAAACAAGAAUACUGUGCACAAACAGCAUCAGCUGCCUUUCUAAAGUAGAUAAAAUCAUAGUGUUGAAUAAGGGAGAGAUCUCUGAGAUUGGCACCUACCAGGAAUUGCUGAGUCAUAAUGGUGGCUUUGCCGAGUUCAUUAAAACCUACCUCAGUGAACAGGAUGAGCAAUCAGAGGACGAAGAUGAAGAAACUACUGAAAUUAAAAACCAGUUGAGACAGCAGAUUUUGAUGCUCUCGGGAAGCAUAAAGGAAAGUGAGAAAGAGGUGUCCAAAGGCCAUGACACUUCCCUCAAAGUGAAACGAAGAAGGUUUUCUGAGAGAUCAGAGGAGUCCGAGGUGAUCCAUCAUGAAGUGGAAACUGGUGAAAAACUGAUAGAGGAGGAAUAUGCUGCAGUUGGAAGGGUCAGAUGGGGUGUGAUUCGUGCCUAUGUAAAAGCUGCCGGAAAACUCUAUACAUCCUGCCUUUUGACCUGCUACUCAGGUUAUGUGGUGAUGUUGAUAUUAACUAACAUCUGGUUAAAUAUAUGGACAAAUGAUGCAGCUGCUUUAAAUGGAACACAAUCCAGGGAGCUCACAGAUCUUAGACUGGGAGUGUACGGAGGACUUGGAGCAACGCAGAUGGCGUUUGUGGCAGUAGAGUAUGUGGCUAUUGUGCUAGGAACUUUGCAAGCUGCCAGAGUUCUUCACAGAAACUUCUUGCAGAGAAUAAUGAAAGCACCAAUGCACUUCUUUGAUACCACACCAAUAGGUCGUAUUAUCAACCGUUUCUCCAAAGACAUGGAUACUUGUGACAUUAACAUCCCUCUGACACUGGUGUGGUUUGCUGGUGCCCUGGCUUUUGUGUUCACCACCCUUGUUGUCAUCAUCUAUAGUACACCAACCUUUAUCCUGGUUGCCAUACCACUGAUCAUUAUUUACCUCAUUAUUCAGACCUUCUACCUGUAUACAGCAAGACAACUUCAAAGGAUAGAUGCCUUAAAAAGGUCUCCCAUAUAUUCCCACUUCAGUGAGACUUUGGUUGGGGUGAGCUCAAUACGAGCCUACAAACAGCAGGACCGGUUCAUACGGACCACAGACAGGAUGGUGGAUGACAACCAGAUAGCGUAUUAUCCUAAUAUUGUGUCAAAUAGGUGGCUGGGUAUUUGCCUGGAAGUUUUGGGUAGUUCUGUCAUAUUGUUUGCUGCCAUCUUUGCCCUGAUUGCCAGGGAGUCGGAAGGAGGCAUAAGUGGUGGAGAAGUAGGCCUUUCUGUGUCCUUUUCAUUGCAGAUGACGGAACAGCUGAACUUUGUGGUGAAAACAAUGUGUGAUUUUGAAAUGCAGAUAGUGUCCAUUGAACGAAUCAAGGAGUAUUCUGAAGUAGAAAUUGAGGUAGGCUGGAUUUUGGAAGUGUUUAUAGGUCAAGACCCAGUGUUGUUCUCUGGAAGUCUAAGAAUGAAUCUUGAUCCAUUUGAUCAGUACAGUGACAAUGACAUAUGGAAUGCACUGGAGCAUUCACAUUUGAAUGGUUUUGUUCGCUCUCUGCCCGAAGGACUACAAUAUGAGUGCAAUGAAGGAGGAGAAAACCUGAGUGUUGGUCAGAGACAGUUGGUUUGCUUAGCAAGAGCUUUGCUGAGAAAAACCAAGAUCCUGGUUUUAGAUGAAGCCACUGCUGCUGUUGACAUGGAAACAGAUGACUUGAUUCAGACAACUGUCAGGAAUGAGUUCAAAGACAGCACAAUUCUUACAAUUGCUCACAGACUAAAUACAAUCAUGGAUUACACUAGGGUGUUGGUACUUGAUCAUGGUGAAAUUAAAGAAUUUGACUCUCCUACUGAUUUACUUGCAAACAAGAGGUCAAUAUUCUUUGGAAUGGCAAAGGAUGCAGGACUGGUUUAAUGAUUAAAGGCCCACUGCACAUAUGGCAGUUAUGUGAGGGGGUUGAACCCUUAAGCCAAGAGUAUUCAUCUACAUCUGCAAAUGAGAUUUCCAUUCAAGAAAUAAUAGUUUUUGUGCUACUGUAAAGAUACCAUAAAAGGAACGGGUUUAACAAAAUCAUUUAAGAUUAUUUUUCUGUGAACAUUUGAGUGUUGCAUGUAUGACAGCAUCUAGUACACUGUUAUUAUAAGCUAAAACUCAAAUAUCUCCCAGUUUUCAGUUGUAAAAACAUUGGUAGUGAUGAACAUGUAGUUAUACCUUUAAAAGUAGAUUAAAAAUAUGAAUGUUUGUUCAUGAAACUUAAUACUAAAAAUUAAUUAUACUUACAGAUAAAUGGGUUUUUAAUAUAUUACAGUGUAUAUUUUAGUCAGUGACAAACUUUCUAAAUAUUACUUAACUACUGAAGUUAUUAUCUACAGUGCAAUUAAUGAUUCUUUAAAAUCCAGAAUGAUCAGUGUACAUUGGAGGAUACUUACUAUGACUUUAGUUUAGUGGCAUUUGGUGAGCACAAUAAAAUUAGGGCAUAAGCUCAGCAUCUGUGACUCUGUGCACAAAUAAUUUAAAAAAUACUGGGUGAAAAAGAGAUAAAAUGCCAGAAAUACCUCUCUACUUUACAUGCGUUCAGCUUGAAAGUCCAUCCCCCUUAUGUCAAACAAAC